UAUACAUUAGUCCGGUUUUCUAGAGAGAGAGAGGGAGAGGAACGGGUAAAUCUAUCUAUCUAUCUAUCUAUCUGUAUGUGCUAUCGUGCGCUUGUGGUCUGUGCAGCAGCAAAACCGCUAUCAUUGGGAUUCGCGAAGAAUGGGUGGCGCCGGUGGAAACAACGGCGGAUUUCCGGCGUCGGCGGCGGCGGAAAUGGCGGAGCCACAGUACCAGAAGGCGAAGAUAUCGGUGUGGUGGGACAUCGAGAACUGUCAAGUCCCCAAAGGCUGCGAACCCCACUCGAUCGCUCAGAACAUUAGCUCCGCACUUGUCAAGAUGAACUACUGUGGUCCCGUCUCCAUCACCGCCUACGGCGACACCACUAGGAUUCCGACCACUGUUCAACAAGCCCUCAACAGCACCGGCAUAGCCCUUAAUCAUGUCCCUGCAGGUGUUAAGGAUGCAAGUGACAAGAAGAUUCUGGUGGAUAUGUUGUUCUGGGCUGUGGACAAUUCUGCACCUGCUAAUUAUUUGUUAAUUUCUGGUGAUCGGGACUUCUCUAAUGCUCUGCAUCAGCUGCGCAUGAGGAAAUAUAAUAUUCUCCUAGCACAACCUCAGAAAGCAUCUGCACCGCUCGUUGCUGCUGCGAAGAGCAUGUGGCUAUGGACAAGUCUUUUGGCUGGAGGACCACCAUUAUCAAAUGGCGACUCACUUCAAUUUGUUCAAAGUGGCUCUAGCUAUUUAAAGAACUCUGACUCAUCACAUAUUCCAGUUUCUGAUCCUAUUCAGGUAACCCAAACAGAGGAUCUCUUGUAUGAAAGCCCUCAUUUGGGAACUCACAAGUUCCCGCAUAUGGGAAGGGGAUCUGAUACUAAAUAUAAAGGCAAACAACCUCGGAGAACUGUGAGUCAACCAAAUAUUUCAAAAACUUCAAGUGCGCCGAUAGGGGUUCAAGAAGGUCAGAACAAUCGUCAACCUGGACAUACACAUGCUAAGCAAUUCAAGGACACCCAGGAAUUAUCUAGUGCUUAUAAUCCCAGAGGCCCCGUAAGUGGACCUGCCCCAAACUUCAUUCCUGGUAAUUCUGACCUUUCCUGGACCAACAACGAUAACCCUCAGAGCACUUACCAAAAUCAUUUUUCGCAGCCAGUAAGACCAAACAACCUCCCUUUGCAACAUGCAUUUGUACCUAAUUUGCGUCCACUUGAUUUGCACACCCAGGCUUCUCAUUCAAUACCUCUGAGGCCUGAUAGACCAAACUUCACCUCAGGUCCUCCAACAAAUGUGCCCAAUAUUGGUAAGCUAAAUAUUUCUGCAUACCCCAGCAAUGAUUACAAAUCUUCUACUUCUCAACCACGAAAUGGUGUAGAGCUGAAACAAAAUUAUAUAUUUGAGUCUCCAAACAAUGUAAAUUUAAACGCUCCACAAAGAGGACAUAUCGCGCAGAACAGACCACCAUUUCACCAUGACACGCCGAACCAAAGGCACCCAAAUGGUCCAGAAGUUAUGCCAUCAUCUUCUUCAGCAAUGGGUACCACUAAUAUCUCUGCUAAUGGUGUAUGGGGGACUCCAGGGUGCCCCAAACCUUCUGAAUAUGUCCAAGGCCUAAUCGGGGUAGUUUUACUUGCCUUGAACACAUUAAAAACUGAGAAGAUUAUGCCAACCGAAGCAAAUAUAGCUGAUUGCAUAUGUUAUGGGGACCCCAAGCACCCCAACACUGAUGUUAAGAAAGCCCUAGACAGUGCUGUUGAGCAGCAGCUGGUUGUAAAGCAGAAUUUAGGUGCUUUGCAAUUGUAUGUCGGUAAGAAUGAGAAACUAUGGAAGUGUGUGAACCCUAUAGGGGGUAAUCCUAAGCACUAUCCAAAACCAACAUGGGAUCAAAUCCAGAAAUUUUUGAUAUCCUCCGCUGGACGAUCAGCAAUAAUGGCUUCUCAAUGCAGGUAUGAAGCUGCUACUAUUAUGAAGAAGAUGUGUUUAAAAGAGCUUGCUUUGGGUGAUGUACUUCAGAUUUUACACCUGGUGAUCAAUGCAAAGAAGUGGAUUGCACAUAAUCAGUCAGGAUGGCAGCCGAUUAACAUCACUGUUGCAGAGUCCAACCCUGAUUUGGGGUCUGUAGCUGGUACAUAAACUCAACCAGAACCUAGUUUUAAUUAUGCAAAAGGGUGUGGUAGAUAGUUGUGGGGGUAUGACAUACAUGCUGGUUGGUUGGAACUAGGAAUAGUUAAUAGGAGGCUUUCUUUUCCAAGAAUUAUCGAUUAUAGAUUUGGUAGCUUUGCAAGUUAAUUCGAGGCGGUUGAGUAGGUGCAUAGGGAUGAUUAUGUUGGUGGUGGUUGUAGUUCGAAUCUUGGGAAAUUAGAAAGAUUGCUUGGACAAAGUUGACUUUACUGAGGUUGUAAAGUUGCUAGACAUUUGCUACUAUCCCCUGUUGUAUGUAGCAUAGGUCCACCUGUCCUCUUUCAUUAGAUAUUUCAACCUUGCAGGAAGUUGAUGAAUUCAAAUAUGGCUAUAGUUAACAAAAUCUUCAUAGAAACAAUGUGGAAGAAGUUCAAGCUUGAUAAGACAUCAAGCAAGUUAUCCCAUUGUAGACUUAUAUGUUUGUGCAACACAUUGAGGAAUUAGUUUGUAAGCAUUUGUUGCCUCCGAUGGUCAUGUCGUUACGAGUGUAGGUGGUUGGUUCUAAAUCGCAGUGUGGAAGGAAAAUCAAAAUGAAAAUUAAUUGCUGAUGUUGGUGAUUAAACUCGAGAUGGAGAAGGAGAUUUGUUUAGCGAGCAAAGAAACGUUAGACCUUGCAACACAGCAGACAUAUAAGAACAGCCAAAGUUACGACAGUGGAUUAUGUUACUUUUUUGCUUUUAAAUUGGUGAUCUUAAGGUGGAAACCACUUAAUCACCUAUGAUGUGUAUCACAGAACCAAGGUACUAUGUGAGAGAAAACGUGACACCCGAGAACUAUGCAUGCUGCUACAGGUUUCAAUGUGGUGGCAGUUUAUAGAGCCAUGAAAAUCUAGCCAAGCUUUCUGUUGGGGUAUGUGAACACAGCUACAUUCUGUAGCUGUUUUUGUUUGAGGUCUUGGUCCUAUAUGCUUCCUUUUUACCCUGUUCUUGAAGUUACCUUGAAGAUAUGCAUGUAAUUUUUGUCGGUAAGAACUUAAUUAUGCUCUUGCUUAGCAGAAUUGUUAAAUAAAGUUUCUAGUCAUGUAAUUGUUUCUAUUUUCCCUUGUCAAAAGUGAUGUAAUUGAUUUUGAGGUCAGAUUAGCACAUAUAAAGCAUGUAUUCACAACUUAAGUUUAGAUGUUUGUAUGGUAUUUAUUUAUUACUACAAUGCCGUGGCUUUAUCGUCUUA